CGAUAGCGUGGUGUUGUGAACAACUACCAAGUGCCAACAAAUGACCUCCCAGUCGUAACGAUCGAAAUACAGAUUGUGUCAGGCCAUUGCUUUGUGUAACCGCGUGUUGGACAGUCCUCGGUGACACGUAGCUAACUGACAACCAGUAAUCAAGAUUACUCAUGCGACGAAAAUGAAAAUAACGAUAGUGAUUACGUUGUUUUUGGUGGUGUUAUUAUGUGUGGAAGGAAAGAAAACGGGUAAAAGUCGGGGUUCAGGCUCCGGUUCGAGAAGUUCGUCGAGAGGGAAAACAGCCCCCCAACCUGCACCUACUUCAUUCAGCAACCCUCAGCCCUCAGCCCCGAAACCAUCGCUAUUCGGAUGGCAAGAAAAACCUGCUCAACGCAAGACGCAGACACAGAGGCAACAGUCUACUCCAACUGGUAGUAAAACCCAUUCGUACCCAUCGAGUCAAACCGGUCUUUCUGGCGGUAAUACGCAACCAAAGCAGGCAACAAGCUCUCAAGCCCAACCGGCAAACAACAAGCCCAGUUAUCCAGCCGGCAAUGGUUUAUCAGGAAGCGGGGGCCAGCCUCCAGCAAAUGGAAUGUCAGGCAACAGUGGGCAUGGUUAUCCCGCGCAAGAAAGUGUUCAAAGGAGCAACGCGCCGCAACAAGCUAAUAAGCCACCUGGUAGCGGCUAUCCAGCUAGUACUGGGCUAUCAGGUAAUGGCGGUUAUCCUCCUUCAAAUGGCCUUUCUGGUAACAGCCCAUCGUCAGGUCAUGCUUCUGGAGUAGCUCCUCCACCUUACUCCGCGGCUGGCGGUGCGCAGUACCCUGGUUCAGGCGUAGCUCCACCCCCAUACCAGGCUGCACCCCCUCCGUAUUCUGGAUACAAACCCGGAGGAAACUAUGGAACAAACAAUUACGGUAACAACUACCAUCCACAGGCUCCACCGCCGGCAUAUUCGAAUCCAGGAGCACAUUACGGAGGUUACGGCGGUCAUGGUGGUUACGGAGGAUCUGGAUUCAACGGAUACGGGUCUCAAAUGCCUGGUUACUUCGGAAAUAGAGGUUUCGGCGGUGGAAGUCGCACUAGCAGUGCACUUAAAGGUGUUGGUAUUGCGGGUGCCGGAGUGGGAACACUUUUAACCGGUUUAGCUUUAUGGAAUUUGGCGCGAUCAACUGGCCACCAUCACCAUACAGUUAUUUACGACAACAGAGGGCAACCAGUGGCGGUUGCGCCAAAUAAUAGUACAGAGCCUGUGGUAGACCCGAUACUGGGAGACUUGGUUAAUUGCACUUUAACUAUAAGCAGCCCUAAUGCAACGGAAGUACUGGGUAUUCCUUGUGCAAUUGCUACUUCCUUCACGCCCGAGGCAGACGUAAAGGAAAAGGCACAAGACGCAAACGCCGACGAUAAGACAGAAUGCAUUGUCACAGUUGUAACAAAGGCAGGUAGAGAAUUUGCGACAGCAAUUCCAUGUUCUAUUUUGCUUAGAACAGCCGCAGAAAAUAAUGUGACCGAGCCGCCUGAGGUUCUUAAUAAUGGGACGGACAUUGCAAACGAAAGUGUCACUCUUGCGAAUCAACCUUCGGCAUUAAUGCUUUCCGGUGACGCUAAUGGCCCUAACAAUGGCACGUUAAACUGCACGGUGGAGUCGGGUGACGUUCGGGAUCCCAUUAACCCGUGUUUCUCCGUAACGCACAAUUUAACAGUGAUUCCUUUGAACCCAACUGUUCCAAGUGACGUGGUUAAUUCUACUCCCAGUGCGGCAUAAUUCAUAAAUGAAUUAAGUACCCAUCUUCAAUUGUUUCAGUUACUGCUUUGGUUAGGUAUGAAAUAAUUAAGUGUGCC